CACUUUUCGGGGGAGGGGGUGGGUGCUACUUCAAGUAGGCUAUGCCAGAUCAAGAAAAUACCUUUGUUAGAUUCUUGCCGGAUAAAAAAUGUACCGCAAAAAUUUCAAAAAGAUAUUUCGGAGUCGCGUCAAGUUUUGGAAUACUCGGUCCUUGAAAUAAAUGCCGCAUUAGAGGCAAGCGCCAAGAGUAAAUACGGUGGGCCACUCAGGGACUGGCACUAGGGUUUAGGUUUGGUCUCAGUUCCCUACACUUGUCGGCCAAGAUGGCUUCCUGAACUGUGGUCAAUUUUAAAGGCUGUUUAUUUUAUUGAAUGCCUCGCCCUUGAUUGACUUGCAAUGAAUACUUAGGUUUAUUUCAUGAGAGUUUUAUUUCCAAUUGUUGUUUUUUCGCCUGAUUCCAAGAUGUACAGUUAACAAUGCUCGAAAAUUACCUAGUUCAUUUCCUGACUACAAAAACACGUGAGGACAAUAUUUAAGAAGGAAGAUGUCUGUAAAAGGUGACGAAGAUCUUUCAAAAUGUACACUAUGGGAGAGAUUCAAGGAACCCUUCUACAAAGAAAGAAUGUUGGAGAAUGGUGAAUCUCAAGAAGAAACUGGUUGGCAUAGAGUAGAAGCAUUGUUUGAAAUCAGACAGAGUGAUGAGCAUCUUGAUAAAGAUGGAUGGCAUAAAUUCUUGAAAGCAUUUUUUAAAUUAAGAGGCUAUGAAAAGGGACUUUGUCCAGAGAUGGAACAAAUAAGAACAGUCAUGUUUACAACAACUGUUUUUGCCUUUGUCUUUGGUGGUCGGUUUGGUUAUCGAAUUGUAGAUGACAGCUUUCGACGACACAACCAGUUGACUGUGUAUGAAUCUGUAAUGCACGCUCAGCGUCGCUAUCAUGCAUCUGUAGUUGUGGGAUUUGUUAAGUAUGGAUGGCGCUGGGGAUGGAGAGCUGGUGCCUUUGCGGGUGUUUACAGCUUUCUUGUGGUUGCCCUAGAGGCUUAUCGCAACAGAUAUGAUGCACUGAAUUUUAUGGCCAGUGGAGCCUCAACUGGUGUUUUGUAUAACAUAUUAUCCGGGUGGCGUAAAAUGGCUGUUGGAGCAGCACUUGGAGGUGGUUUGAGUUUGCCCCUUGGAAUACUUGCACAGGCUGGAAAUGCAAUUCUACCAGAGGAAUACAAACUGAACAGAAAGCAACCUGAGGAAUGCAGUGUUGAAAAAGAAGAGCAGAAACAAAUUCUGAAAGCUACCACCAGUUCAUUGAUAGAAUCCAUAGAGAAGGAAUUUAGCCAAGAAGAUCGAACACAAGAUAACAAGAGAUGACAGUUUUGUUUCUGCUCAUGUCCUGAAAAAAAUAAAUGCCUUUAAUUUAACCCUUUAACUCAUAGGAUCUUGAUAGCAAUUCUUCUUACUGUCUAUCAUACAAUACUUAUCUUGUUAGUUUGGAGAAUUUGGUAUUGGAUCACCUUAUAGUGCCCUUAUUGAUAUUUUUCUUUUUUCUCAUCACUCAUCUGCUUGAUGUUGCAUCGUUAUUUUAUGGAGAAAUUCUGUCAUGUUAUUUUAAAGAUUUUAAAGGAUUAGGCAAGGACACGUUCAUCUCCAGAUCAGGACUGAGAAACAUGUAAUAUCACAAACAAAAGAUGAAUUUGUAAAAAUUGUUUCAUGUUAACUUCCUAAACAUUCCAACUAUGAUCUGAUACAAUUUUUUUUUUUGGGUAUCUCUCUAUAGGCAUCAUGUCAACUUUAAAUGAUAAUUGUAAUAAAAUGUUUGCUCUUGGAAUUUCACAUUCAAAAACUUGAAAUUGUUUUUCA